AGGGGGAGGAGAGAAAGCAAGUCAUAUAAAUCAUUAUACAUAUUUGUUGAGCUGGACACAUUGUCAGAGAGCACAGUGGCAGACAAGACACACCACACUCUCAGACACUCAUUCAAUUUCUAUCACGCCCAAAUCAGAUGUUCUGGUUUUUACAUAACAAGUUUUAUUGAUUUAAAAAUCUGAGAUCUGGAUAUACUUUUGGUUGACUGCUGGGCCGAGGAGGGGUCAUGGAUCCUGUUGUGGAAGUAGUGGCUUUGGUGCUGGGGUUCAUUGCUUGGGUGAUGGUGGGGGUCGCCCUACCAAACCGUUACUGGAGGACGUCCACCGUCGACGGGAGCGUCAUCACCACUUCCACCAUCUAUGAAAACUUGUGGAUGUCAUGUGCGACGGAUUCGACCGGGGUACAUAACUGCAGGGAGUUCCCGUCGCUGCUUGCUUUGAAUGGUUACAUCCAAGCGUCUCGUGCAUUGAUGAUCACAUCCAUAGUGUUGGGCACCCUUGGGCUGUUGGGGGCCCUGAUAGGAGUGCAGUGUUCGAAAGCUGGAGGGGAAAACUAUGUGCUCAAAGGGAGGAUUGCUGGCACGGCUGGAGUCCUUUUCAUACUUCAAGGUGUGUGCACAAUGGUUGCAGUGUCCUGGUACGCCUUCAACAUCACUCAGGAAUUCUUUGACCCUUUCUAUCCUGGGAUAAGGUAUGAAAUAGGAGAAGGACUUUACAUCGGCUGGUGCUCCGCUGUGCUCGCCAUCGCCGGAGGAGCCUGUCUCACCUGCUCCUGCAAAAUGGGCACAGAGGAAAAAUACCCUUUGCCUUAUCAAACCAGGGGAACAGUAUAUUCUGGAGCUGCACCAACCAGAAGCGUGGCCAAUAGUACUUACGGCAGAAAUGCUUACGUUUGAGAAAAAACUAAAUAAAUAAAAAAUCUCUUACAAAUGCCUGGGGUAAACUUUUAUCACCUCAGUUUUUGUUGAUGCAUGUAACAUGUCCUAGUGUUCAGAUGGAGCUUUUUGACCAAGACUAUGUGGAAAAGAUCCAUCAAAUGUUCACUGAUGGAAGUAACAUAGCACCACUAACCUGUAUAUAUCACAAUAUCAAGUGUGUAUUCUGUACAAAUUAUAGCAUUAAAAUGAUAGCACUGAAGUAGUUACUUCAAGCUACUUAUCACCGCAUGAAAAGUGUAUGCUUGCAAUGAUUCUAUUUAUGUUUCCCUGAUGAUAUUAGCACAAAUAUAUGUAGCCACUUAUUUUCAAAGGAAUCCAAUCAUUUGAUGAUCUGCAUAUACACUUCUAGACGUUUGUAAAGGGAAGGUCAAAACUGUGAUAAUCCAGAUAUUUGUGUGUGUGUUGUUUUGUACAGUUUUAUAGAUAGUACCUGUGAAAGAGGGUGGAGGACAAGUUAUCUUCAGUUUGAUGGUUUUUUGUUUUGUACGAUUGCACACAAUAAAAUGUGUUAUGCUAAACA